AUGGUGGUGAUAACAAUGUUAGCAUUGGCUUUGUUACCUCACACGGCUGGCAAAUGCCCUGUUGUUAAACAUGCCACUCGGGUGCUUCUUCCGAUUCUUCACAAAUAUUACCAUUUUGGAGAAUUUAACAUUGCAAGCAUAACUUCUCAGAGUAAUGUGCUUUCACGUGCCUUAUCCUAUGAAAAAAUACCAUCUCCAGAGUACUUUGAUGAUAUUCCGGUAUUGACUCAGCAUUACCAGCAUAUUCUGGCACUGGUAUUUGCUGUAAAAGAAAUCAAUGAAACCCCACAUAUUUUAUCAAACAUCACUCUGGGCUUCCAGAUCUAUAACAGCCAUUUUAGUGCAAGCUGGACUUACUUGCCUCAAUGGAGCUUCUCUCCACCCAGAAGGUUCAUUCCAAACUACAAGUGUGAUAGUAGAAGCAAUGCAGUUGCAGUCAUUGGGGGACCUAAUUCAAAUGUCUGCCUCCAUAUGGCCACCAUCCUUGAACUCUACAAGAUCCCACAGCUUCAUCACCUUCUACGAAAAGUAUCAUUUAACAACAGUGCUGGAGAGAAAAUUUCCUUUGACCAAAAUGGAGAAAGAAUAGCUGGAUUUGAUAUUAUCAACUGGAUAACAUUUCCAAAUCAGUCUUUCUUGAAAGCAAAAGUUGGAAAGAUUGACCCAUAUGCUUCUUCAAAGAGUAUAUUCUCCAUUAAUGACAAUAGCAUUGUAUGGCCUAACAAGUUCAAUCAGAAAUGUUACAUUGGUGAACCACUUCCUAUCCUUCACAAGUAUAUUAAACCAGGAAAUUUCAUCUUUAGUGGCAUUAUGUCUCAGAUUUACCUCCCUUCUGAGCAAAUCACAUUUACCAGGCAUCCUUCUGAAGAUCUGAAUGCUGAAGCUAUCCAUUUCAGUGCAAGCUGGACCAUCCAUGCCUCACUGCAAGUUCUUUCCUUACAAAGAUUCAUACCUAACUACAACUGUGACAGCCAGAAGAAUUUGGUAGCAGUUAUUGGGGGCCCAAGUGCUAACAUUUUUUUACACAUGGCACUUAUUCUCUGCUUGUACAAGAUUCCACAGAUGGCAUAUGGAUCUGCUGCAGUGAUGAAUAAGAAAAUGCAGGAUGCUGUCUUUUACCAGAUGUUCCCAAAAGGGGAUUAUCAAUACAAAGGGAUUCUACAAUUGCUGCUUCAUUUUCAUUGGAUCUGGAUCGGUGUGAUCACUCUAGAUGAUGAUAAUGCAGAAACCUUUGUACAAAAUGUGCUUCCUACCUAUUCCCAAAAAGGCAUAUGCUUUGAGUUUAUAGAAAAGUUGCCUCAAUUAACUUAUCUUACUGGCUUUGAUCAGAUGUUUGAAGAAGGCUUUGGAACUUUAAACAUUCUCAUGGAGAAAACUGCUACUAUUUGGUUCAUCCAUGGAGAAAUUCAUACCAUGAUGAUUUUGAGACUGCUGCUCCAUCUCUCAACAUUUGGAGAUAGGCCAGUAGUGAUUAAGAAUAAAGUCUUGAUUAUGACAGCCCAGAUGGACUUCACUUCUUUACCCAUUCAAAGAAAUUCAGGGAUAUAUUUCCUCCAUGGCGCUAUGUCAUUUGCAGUUCAAUCAAAGGAAGUUCUAGGUUUCCAGCAAUUUGUUCAGAUCAGAAACCCUGUUUCAGAAAAAGAAGAUGGCUUCAUUAGGACUUUCUGGGAACAGGCAUUUCUUUGUUCAUUCUCUGAAAAAGAUCCACAGAAUGAGAAGCUAUGCACUGGAAAAGAAAAGCUGAAAUCCCUUCCUGAAUCUGUUUAUGAAAUGAGCAUGACAGGCCACAGCUACAGCAUCUAUAAUGCUGUCUAUACAGUGGCACAUGCUUUGCGUGACAUGCUUUCAUCCACAUUGCAAGACAGAACAAUGAUGAUUAACGGGAGGAUCAAUUUCAAUCAAUAUCCAUAUCAACUGCACCACUUUCUGAGAGGAGUCUCAUUUAACAACAGUGCUGGAGAAGAAAUUUCUUUUGACCAAAAUGGUGAAAUCCUGAUUGGAUUUGAUAUUAUCAAUUGGAUCACAUUUCCAAAUCUAUCCUUCCAAAGAAUCAAAGUUGGAAAAAUAGAUCCCAAGGCUCUACCAGAGGAAAUUUUCUCUAUUUAUGAUGAUGGUAUUAUAUGGCCCAAUGAGUUUAACAAGGUACUUCCCCGUUCGGUGUGUAAUGAGAAUUGCUAUCCAGGUUCAGUCAAGAGAAAGAAGGAAGGCAAACCAUUUUGCUGCUAUGAUUGCUUCCCAUGUCCUGAAGGCCAGAUUUCAAACCAAAAAGAUAUGGAUAUCUGUUUCCAGUGUCCACAAGAUCAGUAUCCAGAUCCAGAACACAGUUUGUGCAUUCCAAAAACAAUGAGCUUCUUGUCUUAUGAAGAACCUUUAGGGAGUGGUCUGGUCAUUCUUGCUUCUUCCUUUUCUCUCCUAACACUACUAGUGCUCUGGAUUUUCUUCAAGUACCAGGACACCCCCAUUGUUAAGGCUAACAACCAGCACCUCAGCUACAUUCUUCUCAUUGCUCUCUUGCUUUCUUUCCUUUGUGUUUUCCUAUUCAUUGGCCACCCAAAAAAGGUAACCUGCCUGCUACGACAAACUGCCUUCGGCAUCAUUUUCUCUGUGGCAGUUUCUUCAGUGUUAGCUAAAACCAUCCUUGUGGUUCUGGCUUUCAUGGUGAUCAAGCCAGGAUCAGGGAUGAGGAAAUUGAUGGGGAAGUGGAUGGUCACCUCCAUUAUUCUUUGUUGCUCUUUUAUUCAAGUUACCAUUUGUAUUAUAUGGCUGUCUGUAUCUCCCCCUUUCCCAGAUUUGGACAUGCAAGCAAUGACUACAGAAAUUGUUCUGGAAUGCAAUGAAGGAUCUGUAUUUAUGUUCUACUGUGUCUUAGGUUUUAUGGGCUUCCUGGCCAUUAUGAGCUUUACAGUGGCUUUCCUAGCAAGAAAGCUGCCUGACAGUUUUAAUGAAGCCAAAUUUAUCACUUUUAGCAUGUUAGUAUUUUGCAGUGUUUGGCUGUCCUUCAUUCCCACUUAUCUGAGUACAAAGGGAAAAUAUAUGGUGGCCGUAGAGAUCUUUUCCAUAGUAGCAUCCAGUUUUGGGUUACUGAGCUGUAUCUUUUCCCCCAAAUGUUAUAUUAUUUUGAUUAGGCCUGAAAUAAAUAACAAAGAUAUUAUA